AGCAACAAAAAAUAAUCUCAAAAAAUUACCAAAGAAAUGAGCUAAAUUAACUAAGAUGAGUUGAUUAUUAUGAAGAACGUUCUCUUUUUAGCUUAAUCAAGCAAAAAAAGUUUAUAAAGCUAAAGAAAUUUACUAAAUAAAUGGUUUUAAGAUUCUAUUAAGAGCUAUUUUAUGGAGUCCCUUGCAUCUUCCCUGAUCGCUGAUCAUCUUAAUUUAGAAUCUGCAUAAGCAGUUAAAGCUCUUAUUCGCAAUUAAAUAGACUAAAAUAAACCUAAAUAUAUGGGAAUCAUUGAUUAAUAUUUUAAUUAUAUCAAAAAAUACAACCAAUAAUACUCUUUUACAACAAAGCUUCAAGAGAUUCUUUUAGAACCUAUAGAUAUUACUAAUUUGAGUGAAGAUUGUUCUUACAAUUGUAUGAAAAAAGUUAGAAAAUAAUUUGUAUCUUUUCUAAUCUUAAAGUAUUUUAAUUUAUAUGGCCAACAAGAAAUGUCAUCUUUUUACGAUCUUUGGAACAUCUGCUUCCCCUAAGUUGUUUAAGAAAAAAAGAAACUUUCUAAAUAUGAUAAAAAGAACAAAAGUAAAAGGUCAUAAGCCAAUCUUAAAUAAAAGUUUGCUCAAAAUGAUGAAAAUAAUGAGUCUUUAAAAACGUCUUUAAACCUUUUAAAUUGCAGUAUCUCUGUUUCUCUUACUGAUAGAUCAGAAACGAUUGGUUUAUAAGUCCUCGAAAUCCCACGGACAAUAAGCAAUUCAGACUCAUAUUAAGAAUAGUAGUAAAUCCAAUUCCAAAGUAGCUGUAAGUAUGAGCCUAGCUCUUAAAAGUAACCAAUUAAUAAUGGUAUCUUUGAAGAAGGCAGCUAUUAAGAAGAAUGUACUAACUAUUUAGAGCAAAAUUAUAAUUAUUCUACCUUGUAAUAAAAUUAAGACUAAUUUAUUAACUCAAUUCAUAAUUAAGCAAAUCAUUUGAAUUAUGAAGGUUAAUAAGUUUUCCUCUAAGACUAAUAAGAGUUUUUCUAAGAUUAAUAAGAAUAUUAAUACUAUUAAUAGCAUCAAUUAUAUUAAAAUGACUAUUAAUAAAGUUAUUAUCUUAAUCAUAAUAAUGAUCUCUAACAUAUUAACGAAAUUAAUCAUAAUUGA